UUAGGGAUAUUUUGGGGAAGUUGGGUGAUCGACCCAUGGGCCUCGGACCACUUGUUGAUCGCGGCCAUGGCUCCUCCUGUGUCCUGCUGUCUCAGCGAGGAGGCCAAGCUCCAGCGGCGGGUGAACGAAGAGAUCGAGCGGCAGCUGAGCCGCGAACGCGUCGAGGCCGGCCGCGAAUCCAAAUUUCUGCUGCUAGGGCCCGAAGAGGCGGGAAAGACGACGUUUCUCAAGCAGAUCCGCCUCAUUCAGGAGGGAGAUGCGCGAGAGGACCGCGCCGAGCACGUGCGCAGCGUCUACCAGGCUCUGCUAGGCGCCAUGCAGCGCAUCGUGCGCGCCAUGGACGCGCUGGGAAUCGCGUACAGUAACCCGUCAAACGCCGAGAGCGCCAUGAUGUUGGCCAGCGUGCGCUGCGAGACGCUCGAGCCGCCGCUCACGGAGCCCGUGUCGGAGGCGCUGAGGCGCCUCUGGGAGGACGCAGGUGUGCGCGAGUGUUACGCGCGCCGUGCCGAGUACGGUGGCCUGCCUCCGUUCCUGCCAGACGUGCAGCGCGUCACGCGACCUGGUUACGUGCCGUCGCGCGAAGACUACCUGCGCGUGCGCGCACCGUCGCGCGGGGUGCUCGAGUACGCGUUCCAGCUGGACGAUCACCCCGUGCGGCUGGUCGAUGUAGGAGAGCAGCGCUCAGAGCCCAAGAAGUGGAUCCACUGCUUCGAGGAUGUGAGUGCCGUGAUAUUCGUGGCUCCACUGUCUGACUACGAUGACCCGGACAAGAUGAACCGCGCGCGCGCUCUCUUCAGCACGAUCGCGUCCAGCCCGUGGUUCGCCGAGUCGCAUCUACUGCUGUUGCUGAAUAAGAAGGACUUGCUCGAGCAGAAGAUCAGGCGCUCGCCGCUGGGCGCCUAUUUCUCGGCUUACCGGGGCCCACCGGGCGACGCCAAGGCGGCGCGCGAGUUCCUGCGCCGCUCGUUCGCCGAGCUCAAGCCCGAGCGGCCCGUCUACUACUUUUUCACGUGCGCGAUCGACACGGACGACGUCAAGUACGUGUUGCCCACGCUGCGCGAGAUCGCCUGCCUUCGCUCAUGCCCCACGAGGGGCCGGCAGCCAUCGGACGCGUCCACGGCCAGCAACGCGGCGGCAACCGCCGCUUUCCAGUUGCCCGCCUGACAAGAGACCUCCCUGGAGUCAUCGCCGGCUUGAUUCAGCGCGCCAGUGGAAGGAUCGACCGUUCAGGUAGUCCUCAGCCACAACUCAGGGAACAGAUAUCUACAACAUCCUGUAAGUCUGCUGCCGAUUCAGCCAGAAGCACAACAUUGUCUUCAAUGCCAAGCACGAGAUUUUUGUGUACACCUCUUGAUGGUCUGUUCUUAUGGUGGAGAGUCUCAAUCCAGGCCCUUUGUCGUUUAGUUAGAUAGAUAGAUAGAUAUCCGAUAAGGUCGAUGAUAAAGGACAUCCCUGUUUCAAUCCAGCUUCUAGGUUCACUUUUUGAGAUUUAAGUCCGCGGACUUCAUAUACUGCUGCGCAUUCUUUAUAAAGUGCUUUCAGUAAUCCAAUAAAUUCCUGGUGCAAUGUCAUGUUUUGAAGCUCUUCCCAUAGCUUGGGAUAUGGUAUAGAGUCGUAGGCUUUUUCUAGAUCUAGGAAGGCCAGAUUGAGUUGCGAAUUUUCUUUGUACUUCUUCUCGAUUGUUUGGGUGAGCGUAAAAAUGUGAUCACUUGUCCUUCUUUGUGGGCAGAAAUCACUUUAUGAUUCGCUGUAUAAUAGUUUUUUUCACAAUAGUUUUGUAAUCUGUGGUUUAAUUGUAUUCAAGAGCUUUAAGAUGUUGCUGAGCACACCUAUUGGGUGAUAUGCAUCGAUAUCGUUUUCUGCUUUGCCUUUGUGAAUUAGUUGUAUUUGGGUAUCUUUCCAUGCUUCUGGUAUAUCACGUAUCGCAAAGAUGUCAUUCAAACAGUUGAGUAGCAUUUCUCUUACUUUUGCUUGUAAAGCUUUGAGAAAUUGAAAUGGAAUAUCAUCAGGGGGGGGUGGUGCUGAUGCUUUCUGGUUCUUUAAGUCUUCGAUGCAUUGUUUUAAUUCUGCCAAUGAAUUCUCCCAGCAUAUAAUCUCACUUAGUGGUGGCGUGUUUCAUUGUGUUGUUUGAAGGCUGGUGCAGUGGUGUCAUGUAGUUGGCUUGUAUGGUUUCAAAGUGGUCCGUUAUGUAUUGUUAUAUAUCUUCUUUUAUGUGGAAAGUACAUCCCUCACUUGUCAUGAAUGUAACAGCCUUGUGUAGGUCAUCCCAUGGUUACAGGAUCUGUAUAUGGGCCCAGAACUACUGGCUGUAGUGCUGUAACCCCUUUGUUACAUGUUCUUGCUGCUUAAAUACUUUGUCCAUGCUUUU